CCAGCCCUGCCCUGCUCCCGCCUACGGGCGCGGGGCGCUCCAGCAACGCUGCUCGCCAUUGGCGCAGCCUGCCCAAGAUGGCGGCGCGGCGGGCCGCGGGGCGGUGCUUCCGCCAUGUUGGGGUUGCUAUGCGCUCGCCAGACCGGGCUAGAUGAUCCUGGGCGUUUGCGCCGGGCCGAGCACACCCGCAGGGUUCUAAGUUUGGAAUUAAAUAAAGAUAGAGAUGUGGAAAGAAUACAUGGGAGUGGUAUCAACACACUUGAUAUUGAGCCUGUUGAGGGAAGAUACAUGUUAUCUGGUGGAUCGGAUGGUGUUAUUGUACUUUAUGACCUUGAAAACUAUAGCAGAAAACCAAGUUACACCUGUAAAGCACUUUUCUCUGUGGGAAGGAGCCAUCCUGAUGUACAUAAAUUCAGUGUGGAGACAGUCCAGUGGUAUCCUCAUGACACUGGCAUGUUUACAUCCAGCUCAUUUGAUAAAACCUUAAAAAUAUGGGAUACAAACACUUUGCAACCUGCAGAUGUAUUUCACUUUGAGGGAACAGUCUAUAGCCAUCAUAUGUCUCCAGUUGCUACAAAGCAUUGUUUAAUAGCAGUUGGUACCAAAAGCCCCAAAGUACAGCUCUGUGACUUGAAGUCUGGAUCCAGUUCUCACAUACUGCAGGGUCACAGGCAAGAAGUAUUGGCAGUGUCUUGGUCCCCACGUCAUGAAUAUGUUUUGGCAACAGGAAGUGCUGAUGGUAGAGUAAAACUGUGGGAUGUGAGGAGAGCUUCUGGAUGUCUGAGUACACUUGAUCAGCACAACGGGGAGAAGUCCAAGGCAUCUUCUGAGGCAGCAAACACUGCUCACAAUGGGAGAGUUAAUGGUUUAUGCUAUACCAGUGAUGGUCUUCAUCUGUUAACCAUUGGUACAGAUGAUCGGAUGAGACUCUGGAACAGCUCCACUGGAGAAAACACGUUAGUGAACUAUGGGAAAGUCUGUAAUGAAAGUAGGAAAGGACUCAAAUUUGCCAUCUCUUGUGGCUGUAAUCCGGAAUUUGCCUUUGUACCAUAUGGAAGUACCAUUGCUGUUUAUACAGUUUUCACAGGAGAAUUGAUAACUGUGCUUAGAGGGCAUUAUAGCACUGUCAACUGCUGUGUAUUUCAACCUCAUUUUCAGGAACUUUAUAGUGGUAGCAAAGAUUGCAAUAUCCUUGCAUGGAUACCAGCUCCACGAGAGCCAGUUCCUGAUGAUAUUUCUGAAAAGUCUCUGCCUCAACAACAUUUAAAUCCAGCAUAUGAAGAUGCAUGGAGCAGCAGUGACGAUGAAGGCUGAAUUUAAAUUAUAUGCUGAUAUAAAAUCGACAUUCAGGCACCGCAUUCACAGACUUUAUCUACAGAAUUGGAUGUUGUUGGAUUUAUCGUGACUAGAUUUUUGGUACAGUUCUGUUAGAGCAAGGUCUUCCAGAAAUAAGUUUCCACUGUUCUCUGUGGUUUUUUGUCACUGUUGGAGUUAAUUCUAAAGGAUUACUUUUUCAUACUGACUUUUGUACUUACCUUUACACGUUGGUAUACUUUAUUCAGUGUUUAACAGCUGAUAAAGAAAAAAUAAAAUCCCUCCAGACUAGUCAAUAUUA